AUGAAACUUGCCCUCAUUCUGUCGCUUGUCCUGUUGGGGACAGUUUCCUCUCUUCACUUGAGAAACGAGGCUAUUAAACUAGAGAAGCUAGAGGAAGUGGACACCCAGACUGAGGAGUCAAAGACGCCAGAGAGAGAAGAGGCUCUUACCUCUGCUGACAACUCCUCUGAAAAGAAGGAAGAAGCCAGAGAAUUAGUCUCAGCUGCCAGUGAUAAUAACAUUCUGGAACCCAAGAAUGAGGACAUGAUUUAUGUGCUGGGGAAUCCGGGGUUUCAGCCUGUCAGAUAUGUAUUAGUCAGACGGCUGAAGACAUUUAAUGAAGCUCAGAGAUUCUGUCAGGAGGUCUAUAAGGGCAAUCUAAUUUCCAUCCACAAUUCUCAUUUCAACUGCAAACUCGAGAACUUCAUUAAAGGAAUCAACCAAGGCCAGGUUUGGAUUGGAGCUUACACCACUAGCUGGUGGUUGUUCAAGAAGUUUAAAUGGACUGAUAGGAGCAGCUGGGAUUUUUCAUACUGGGCAACAGGCCAGCCACUAUUUGGUUGGGGCCGUUGUGUGUCUUUGUGUACUAAUGGUAGUGGCUGGCGUAGAACUUCAUGCCAUCGGCCAUUGCCCUUUAUCUGUUCCUAUUGA